AGUGGUCAAUCUUUCGUCGAUUUGGACAUUUUCAAGAACGCUAAUUUUGUGAUCAAACUGUGGUUGAGUUAUGGGUCCUGAAUGAAACACGUCAUCACUAUACUUUGCUUGAUCGCAAGAGUUGACGCAUCACCUACCAAUUUUUUUUUCCUAUCAAAUGCGUUCAUCGAAGAAAUAAACUCGAAACAGGACUCCUGGGAGGCUGGAAGAAAUUUUGGUGAAGAUGUGUCGUUAGUCGAGCUGGGACUGCUGACUGGGACGUUCAUGGAGGGUCGAAAGAAGGAAUUGCGGCUCGUCAAGACAUUCGAUCCAAAAUGGCCGGAACGAGAUCAAAUACCCAAAAACUUCGACGCCCGUCAAAAAUGGCGUAAAAUGUGCCCCAGGAUCGGAGAAGUGGUAGACCAAGGACGCUGCGGCUCUUGUUGGGCCAUCUCUGCGGCUGGCUCUUUUACCGACAGAUACUGUAUCGCCACCAAUGGCAAGCAUCAGAUGCGGCUAUCAGCAGCAAAUGUUCUCUCCUGCUGCCAUGACUGUGGUGAUGGAUGCGACGGAGGGUGGGAGCAUUUGGCUUGGGGCUACUUCAACAAGCACGGUUUACCGACCGGUGGUAGGUGGAACACAACAGAGGGCUGCCAACCGUACAACAUCCCAUCUCCAUGCAAACGCAGUUACAACAGGCACUGCCCUUACAAAACCUGCCCAAUGUACGACGUAACGCCAAAAUGUCAGACUCGCUGUACCAACGAAGCAUACGGAAAAACAUUGAGAAAAGACCGUCACUUUAGUGGAAAGGAGUACGCUCUGCCGAAAGAUGAGAGGGCUAUCAUGAGAGAAAUCAUGACACAUGGCCCAGUGACAGCAGCCUUCAUAGCGAUGUACGAUUUCCCACAUUAUAAAAAAGGAGUCUACAUGCCGACGGAGGGCGCAGCGCCACUCGGCGGGCAUGCGGUGAAGGUGAUUGGAUGGGGAAGUCACAGAAACAAACCCUAUUGGCUUGUCAUGAACUCGUGGAAUCAAUAUUGGGGCGAUCGCGGCGUCGUCAAGAUGAUGAGGAACCAUCCUUCGAUCAAUCUGGAGGACGAGUGUUGGGCUGCAAUUCCAGAUCUUAAAAGGAGGAAAACCUGCGACGAUGAAGUAAUAUGGGACGACAUCUGGGAUUAGAAGACAUGACAACAGACAUGAGCGU